CUGUUGCUCCUGCAGGAACAGAAGGGUGAAGUAAUCUUACUGUUGCCACCAAUCUUACAGAUGGAAGAAAUGAAUUUGUGCAUCUUAGUGACAAAUUUGGACCUCUUGGGGCACAUAUUCAGAUACUGUGUCUGAGACCUCAUGGCAUAAUUCUGUUUCUCUAAAAGUCUCUUGUUUUCCUAAACGCAACAAAAGUAUUUCUUCGCAAUGCUAAAGCUUUUCCAGGCAGCGUUUAGUCAGACUCCUGGAUAAAAGCAUUCCUUCUGGCUGUGGAAUUCUCAGUGCUUCCUUCUGCGUUUCCAAUUUGCCCUGUUUAUUUUUUCCCCAUGACACACAGCUUUUCCUGAAUCACCUCUGCCCUUACCAGCCCUGGUAAGUGCUGACACUUGUGCAUGGGUGAGAUCUUGGGCACUUGCCUCCACUCCAGCGACCACCAAUAAACAUAGGAGUAGUUCAUCGCCUCCUCCGCUGGAAGGUGGUGGCUGUGCUCAGCAGCCGCCUGCGAUGGGACGGCCACCAGUCCCACCAGGCAGCAGGACAUUCCUGUGCAUGAAAAUGGGGUGCCAGUAAAACGGUCACAUCAUAUUGCCUGAAGUGGCUUCCAGCAAACAGACACCACAGAGGUCUAUCUGUUUCUGUAUGGGUGAAUAGAAGGUAAUGUAUCUAAAGAAAAGUACCUGCAUGCGGCCUGCAGAGAGCUGAGCUGGAACCUGGCAGCCGCAUUGCAGGACAGAUCCCAAGGUGUUGAUGACUGUCCACAGGAGACACAGGCUCUGCAUGCCAGGACACUUGGAGAAGCUGCAAAAUGCUCUGCAUUGCCAGGGGGAGCACAGCGCGAGGCAGGGGCAGUCGUUCUGCCCUGGUAUAAACCCCUGGUGCACUCAUGUCUGGAGUGCUGCACAGAGAUCUAGUCACCACAUCGCGAGAUGGGUGUAGGGGAGGUGGGAGAAGGCCCAGAGAAGAGCGGCGGGCACAGCAAGGGAAGUGGGGUCGCAGCGAGGGGAGCAGGGCUGCUGCUGCGCGGGGAGGAGUGAGAGCCUGGGCGCUGGGCCCGAGAGGGGAACGGGGCAACAGGCCAGGGCUGGCGGCGGGCGGUGCCGCGCAGGCCGAAGGCAGGACACCAACCCACAGCACCGAGACAAGCGGCAUUAUGAAGGCCAGUGGCCGCCCGGCUGCCAGCGGCCGCGCCGGGGCGAGCUCCAGCGCCGUGCCCGGAGCGGAGCCGGAGGAGCCCCCGGGAAGCCGCACCGCCGCGCCGGGGCUGCUGAAGUGCCGCCGCUGCCGUUACCUGCGCACGGGCCGGGCCUCCUGCCAGGCAGUGCAGGCGCUACUGGCCCUGCUGGCCCUGGUCUGCGGCUCCGUGUCCUGCGGCCCCCCCGGGGGGUACACGGGCCUCCCCGACGCGGGCGGCAUCUAUUACUACCAGUACGGCGGGGCUUACAGCGGCUUCAGCGGAGCCGAGGGGGAGAGAGCCCAGCAGCUCGACCAGCGCUUCCACCUACUGAAGCUGCCAGCGGGAAGGGCAGCGAUGGCCGCGGGAGGGGCCCUCCUGCUCUUCUCCUGCCUUCUCGUUUUGGUUGGUGUUCUACGGCUACCCUGGCAUUUCCCAGCGUGGCUGCUACUUGAAUGCAUCCUGGACACAGUGAUUGCGGUUGGCAUGGUGCCCGCUCUGUACCGUUUCUUCAGUUUUCUGCUGGGGGUCUAUAAUUCACCGCUGUGCAAAGAGAGAGAGCUGUUGUAUCAAAGUAAAGGCUACCAGGGCUUUAAAUGCAGCCUGCACGGGGCAGAGAUCGCUGCUGGCCUCUUGGGCUGUGCAGCUGGCAUGGCAUACCUGCUCGGGGCCGGCCUCGCUGCCAGGGCAUACAGGACAGUUCACAAACUGAAACAGAAUCCAGAACAAUUAUAUGAGGUAUAGAAUGAUUCCUCCACUCCAGUAACAGUCAUGAUUUUUGCCAGCCUCCUUGCUUUUCCUUGCUUCUGGCCAGUGCCUCCUUAAAGCUGCAGCAGAACACACACAGAGUAUAGCUCUAAAUAUGGUACAGUCAAGCUGUUCCUAACUUGAAUCUGCAUUAUUGAAUCAUUAGUGGACACUAAGUUUAGUCCGAUGGCUUGUCCUCAUCUGGCAGCUGUCUCUUUAGUAGAGAACGACUGUCCCCAUGUAGGUGACUAGCAAGCUGCUUGCUCCCCGCACAGCCUUCCUGUCCUCGGCCAGCUGGCUUGCUCUCCAGCAACGUCUUGCUGGAAGUACUGCUGCUAUGUACUUACACUGGUGAACAGCUUUCUGUAGCUGAAACUGUCCUUGCAAAGAGCAUGUGACUGUUCACUGAGAUCGGUGGCAGCUAAGUACUGCUUUCUCGAGGGCCUCUUGGAACUUAACAGGGCAGUCUGGAGAUGGCAUUUACAGAGCUAUUGGAGAAUCCUGAAAUAAACUUGCAAAACAAUGAAUACACUCAGCCUAGCUUGCGACAGAAUGCCUUUUCCAACUCUCCUGGCAAGGGCAUGUUUUUUUAUGAAAUGGUCUUUUAUAUAACUUUGUAUACAACAGUUUCGCUUAAAAAGAUGCCCCGAGUUGGGAUAAUCAGACAGAAGCUUUAAGAGCUCAAACAAGUGGCUGAAGAUAGAAGUAUACUUUUUUCAAAAUACUUUUUUAAUAUACAAGUUGGGGAAAUGAGAUUCUGCUCUUGUAUUAUUUUUUAAAAAAAGGUGAAAUUUACUUUGUAAAAAAAAAACUUCUAUAGGAAAUUUAACAGGGGAAAGUAGCACUAGAAUCACAAAAUCAUGCGUCGGAAUGAAAUGUCACUUCAGAGUAGUGUCCACUAUGUGCACUGUCCAUAUGAAGAUGGAACUGCCACUGGUCUCACAGACCAGUUCUGCCCGUAUUAAAAAAAAAACCCCCAAACUAAACAUACCAGAAAUGUGCUUUGUCUCGGAUGGAUCUCAGGUUUCACUGGCACCAGUAACAAAAUCUUCCCAAUUACCAAAACCAUGGAACAUUGUUGGAAGUAGAGAUACAAAAGUAAAACAAAUGCUAACUAGGAACACACCAGGUACUCUGGGGUUUGUUUGAUUUCUCCUCCCUUUUGAGAAGCUAGAUGUACCGAGCGUCUCAGCACAGGGCUCUGUAUGGGCAGUCCACUGUGGUCUUUAAUUCUUUUAAUGAUUCUGUAUUUCCUGUUUGCUGCAGCUACUUCUAGAGAGCUGUACAGUACUAUUUAGAGCAAGUUCACAGGGCAGGAUUCCUCUGGCAGCAUACAGAAAGCUGCCUAAUAAUUGGUAUUAUGGAUUCUACCCUCACAGUGUUCUGGCAAGUAGCUUUUGUAUGCAAGGCUGAUGAGUGAAGUAGCACAAAGAGCUCAAUGAAGGAGAAUCUACAGCACAGCUACUGCUAGCCGCAACUAUGUUUGACUUUGAUAUUGCACAAAUUCCCCUCCAGCACAGUAACGGAAUCAGAAUAUAUGGUUAGAUGAAAGUAAAAAUCUUUAUUGCUACGUCAGCUGAAAAUUUGAUGCAAAAAUAUUCUUCCUUCCUGGACUGCUCUAUACAUCUGAAUAAAGCAUCAAUGGAA